CUCUUAUUGAUAGAAUUGAAUGACAACACGAGGAUGAAAAAGGUAUGGUGUUUUCAUGUUUUGCCUGAAGCUGUUGCAUCACUGUUACCUCACAUGACCUUUGAUGAUGAACCUUGACCUUUCUGUUCGGAGUAAGGUGAUCCUGAGUUUGGGUGUUCCGGCCACCUGCCUCUUACUGUACUGGUUACUAAGAAACCGAGAUGAAGAUGAUGAACAAGAUGACGAGAAGGAAAGAGUCACAACCUCAAGACAGACAGUUAUUGAGGUCAAGGUCCCUGCCAAGGCCGUGGGGCCCCUGAUUGGCCGUCAGGGAGCUAACAUUAAAAAGCUGCAGGCUCAGACAGGAACCAGGAUCUGUUUCCAGGAAGACUCAAAGCUUGAGCCAGGAAAAAAUCGUAUCCUGGUGAUCCGAGGAUCGACAAGCCAGGCACAGGAGGCUGAGCUUCUCGUCAGGAAAACAAUCAGUGAAAUGCCUGUUGUAAUGAUGGAAGAGAUUCAAGUACCAAUCAAAGCACUUGGCAGAAUUAUAGGCAGAAAUGGAGACAGCAUUCGACAGAUGACUCGGUCAUCAAAUGCACGAAUCUACAUAGACCGGGCCCGAGAGGAGCCACGUGACAUCACAAAAACAGUGUCUAUCACUGGAAGCAGAGAACAGAUAGAUAUCGCAAAGAGUCUUAUUCAAGAGAAAAUUGAUGAGGAUGAUGUAUUCCGUGCUAAGACAGCUGUGAUGGCAGCCAAUCGGGAGCACCAUACAAAACAAACCCAAGGUUCAGUGCAUCGUAAUGACCACACUCCAAUAAAUACAGAGAAGCAUCACAGUGCUCAAGAUGAUAUUCCCAGAAGUCCAUUACCACAGCAACAUAUUGUUUCUAUGGCAACUCAUGUAAAGGAAUGGCCAAAGCAGGAAUAUGUGGAAGUGUAUGUUUCAUCUGUAGCAGACCCACAUCAUUUCUGGGUACAAAUAAUCUCCACAAAUGCAAUUCAUCUUGAUGAACUGGUUCAUCGAAUGUCUGGUCUCUACAACACUGACCACUACAAGAACAUGUCUGAUAAUCAGUACUGUGUUGGGGACUUUGUGGCAGCACUGUAUGAGCGAGACAAUUCCUGGUACCGGGCACAAGUGAUGGGGGUAGAUGGGAGACAACUCGACCUCUAUUUCCUGGACUACGGAGACAGCGGCUAUGCAGAUGUCAGUGAUGUCCGUUUACUUAGGGAUGACUUCCUGUUGCUGCCCUUCCAGGCUAUACAGUGCUGUCUGGGGGAAAUCAAGGUCAAAGGUCAGGACUGGAGUGAGGAUGCUGUGAAUUUCUUUGAAGAUAUCACUUAUACCGCUAAGUGGAAGGUCAUCAUGGCAAAGAGAACCGGAACAAAGACCACCGAGGAAUUAAUACAAAUUGUACAGCUCAUAGACACCAACUCGCCUGUAGAUGUCCAUAUAGCACAAGAAUUGGUCAAACAUGGAUUUGCAGAAUGGGACACAACCAAAUCUUAAAAGAAGUGUUUGAAGUCGAGGCCAACCUGAAUGUGUUCUGAAAACUCAUUAAUCCAGUUGUGUUUCUCAAUUACCAGUAAUUUUAUUUGUAUUUGGACUUUGGUUUCAAUUAAAUUUUGAGUACUUGUAUUAAAUCACAUUUGUAUAUAUCAAAUUUACAAAUUCUAAUUACAUUUGUAAAGCUCUCAUA